AGUUGUGUUCCGCCAUGAAAAUCGAAGAAGAAGGUGCUGCUUAUCCAAAUCGAGCAUCAAUCCUCUUAGCGUCCCCGAGCUAUUCUGGUGCUGCAUUAGACACUGGGAAGGUAACUUAGCGUUAGCGGCCUACCGAACUUUGUUAGUGACGGGCUCGUCAGGAAUAUCCAAAAGACAAAAGCUCACCAGUUGGAGCAGAGAAAGACAGCAGGAGUUGCAGGGAUUGGAGUUUCCCUUAUUACCACCGGGCCCUGAGAUGACAUCGCAGCAACCUCAGCUCCCCAAUGCUGUUAUUCCUCCCCAGCUUGCUCAGAACUCCUCUGCUCACCAGGCCAGGCCUCACAUUCAGGCUAAUCAGCUGCACUCGAGUCAGAGCAGUGCUACUGCUCGGCCUCUGGAACACAGAGCACUGACAGGCAGGCCAGGCUGCUCCGGUGUGUCAGCAGCCAGCGGGGAGGUGGCCAACAGGGACGUUUCUGCCUCCUGCACCAACUCCAGCCUAUCCAGAAGAGAUGGGGGUUUUGAACCUUGGCCUGAGGAAGCAGUGGACAACUCCCAUGGGCUGUACUCACUCCACCGCAUGUUUGACAUAGUUGGAGCCCAGCUAACACAUCGGGAUGUGCGAGUACUGUCAUUCCUGUUUGUUGAUGUGAUUGAUGAGUAUGAGCGUGGUGGCAUCAGGAGUGGAAGGGAUUUCCUGCUUGCCCUAGAGCGCCAGGGUCGCUGUGAUGAGACCAACUUCCGGCACGUUCUCCAGCUUCUGAGGAUUAUCACCCGCCACGACCUUUUGCCUUAUGUCACACUCAGGAAACGACAGGCCGUGUGCCCAGACCCUGUUGAUAAGUACCUGGAAGAGACAUCAGUGCGCUACAUUUCACCAAGAGGAACAGUGCAGAGCAAGGACACUGCGCCUCACAGAAGAACAGGUCCUCAGCCAGUCAUUUGCUGUUCCCCGUCAGGACCCCAUGUUGGCCCUCCCCGAACAAAACCAUCUCCUCCCGUACCAAACCGCAAACGGAAGAGAAGUCAUUCCUCAGCUGACAGCAGAGAGAAACAAACAUGUGAUAUCCGCCUCCGGGUUCGUGCCGAAUAUUGCCAGCAUGAGUCUGCGCUUCAGGGCAAUGUAUUCUCCAACAAACAAGAGGCAGUGGAGCGACAGUUCGAGCGCUUCAAUCAGGCCAACACUAUCCUCAAGUCCCGAGACUUGGGCUCCAUCAUCUGUGACAUCAAGUUCUCUGAGCUCACCUACUUGGAUGCCUUCUGGAGGGACUACAUCAAUGGGUCAUUGCUAGAGGCCCUUAAAGGGGUCUUUAUCACAGAUUCCCUAAAACAGGCUGUGGGCCACGAGGCUAUAAAACUGUUGGUCAACGUUGACGAAGAGGACUACCAGGCUGGUCGACGCAAACUGCUCUGUAAUUUGGUCACAGGUGUCGGGAGCCCACCAGGAAGUAGCAAAGACUCUGUAUCUUAGAAACACUCUCAAGGUGGUAGCAUAUGGGAGGAACAAUGCUGUGCCUCCCCCACAGGGAGUAGAGCGAGAUGUGGUUGUGUCAUUUGAGGUGCCUGAAGUGUGUGUCUGAAAGGAACUAAGGACUUCGAGCCACCCCAUUGAUUCCUUGAGAGCCAAGUUUAUAUGAUAUCUACUUGGCACCCCUAAGCGUAGCAUGCAAAGUGAUUGGGAACUAUGUUAGCAAAAAGAAGUAGUGGAUGCAUACAGGUUGGUAUUAUUUUGAAUCCUAAGCUGUUCAAUUUCUUCAAGGAGGAGAAUGCUGAUCUCAAAUGUGCAUUGACUUUAACUAAUUUCUUGUUUCUGGUAUGUUAGCUCAUUGAAACACAUUUGUUAACUCCAGUGAUAUUCUUCACUCCUGUUCAAAAGUGGAGUUAUUUUCAAUACAGGAAAUAUGCUUAAUGCUGACAAGUUGCUCCCAGUGGGAGUUGUACCUAAUUGUCAAACAGGUUCAUCUUUUUUCCAGGUUUUUCAGGUACAUUACAGACUGAUUGGAUUAACCCAGUGGUAGUGUUCUGUAUGUUAAUGAAAGGUGCAGACCAGAAAUGAUUUACAAUUUGUUUGUCUGUUUCUGUCAGCUCACUAUCUUACUUUCCCAAGACUUUGCAGAGUUUUCUUUUCUGUAAAGAUAAACCCUAUCAGAGCCUAUUUUUUAUGGCUCAUAUUUGGUCCUUGUCAACAAUAUUGUGUUUUUGUUUUCAUGCAACAAAUUCUCACAUGGCUCAUUACCAGCAGCUGUGAUUCUGGCCUAAUUUGCUAUUUCCUAUCCAGUCACUGCCAAUAUUUAAAACUUCGUUCGAACGCAUUGAAUCGUAUCCAAUGAAACACUGAGUCAUUUACUGGUGUUUUGGAUUUGUAAAUCAAUGCCAAUUUCAUUGUCAGCCUGUACCGCUGGACCUCUGCUCCCUCAUCCUCUAACUAAUGUUCACUUGUAAUAUAACUCUGACCUUUUUUUUUUAUUAUUUGAAAUGACACUUAAUAACAAAUCAACAGCAAGUGAAAAUCAUUGGCAGUAUGUGUAAAGAAAUCGCAGUUGUGCAGAUAGUAGGAUGUCAGCAAAUUAAAAUAAUUCACUGGUCUUGUUUUUUAAGUUAAAGAUAUUUCACCCAGCUAUAGUGGAACUCACACAUUAAAUCUUAUUCAGUCUUUUUUGUGGAUAUAUAAUGCCUUCUGGUAGCUGAGAAUGUAGUUGAGUCCAUAUGCCCAGGGUGGUAUGAGCAGGUGUUGAAAUCACUUUCUCAUCCAGUAGCUUGAGGGCCUUUUGGACCUGUUGGAGAAACAAGCUAGUAUUUCCCUUGAAAGGACAGGUGUUCUUAGUGGCAUCCUUCUCAAUCAGAAGGUGUGGCAUCUCCAUAGGCAAUUGCAAACUGAAUUGGGCAAUCUUUUGGCAAUCUGUAAGGACCAACAUAAUAGUAAUGUAAAUUGCAUGUUGAUCCUCUACAAUUUAGUGCCUAGAUCUUGAACAAUAAUAUUCUUCUAGUGGCACACCACUUUAACAGUGCAGCCUGAAAUGCUAAUUAACCAAAAUGGGAAUUUAUAUUCAUUUCUUUUUAGUAUCCAUGGAAUGACGUGGAUUAAUAGGAGGUUAAGUUUGGUGGGUGCCUGUGUCAAGUACAUGUUGACAGUAUUACUGAUUAUAGCUUUCAUUUUAUGCAGUCAUAAUAUACACUCAAUUUCCACCUCAUUAACUUUAUUAGGCACAGUGUUCUAGUUCUGGGAAGGCCCUGGAAACAGCGCAAAAUCUUCAUGGCAUGGAUUAAAGAAGGUGUUGGAGAUUAGAGAUUUUGGUUCAUGUUGACAUGAUAGCCUCAUGCAGUAGCUGUAGAUUUUGUGGCUACACAAUCAUUGUACAAAUCUCCCAUCCCACCUAAGCUUAAAGGGCCUGUACUCUCAACUAAACUGUCUCUCCGUAUUGGAUAAUCCUGCAAAAUUCUGGACUAUGUUCAGUGACAGCAUCCUUUAAAUUCUUGCUUUCUACAGUAUCUGAGCAGGGCAGUUACAGUAUGGUUAUGGUUUGAGAAAUACUUCCUGAAUUGGCACUGAACAUUGGCAUUAUUUUGUAAAGUGUGAGGUGCGCAAUCAUCACAUAUUGACACAAUUCCUAGAGAUUUUGGGCUGGAGUGAAUGUUGAUGUCAUGGGGGCACUGUAGACGUAAAUUUUAAAAUUCCCCAAAUUGUGGCAUUAAAGUGAAAAGAAAAGAAGUAAAGAAUUUGACCGUUUGAAAUGUUAUUACUGAUAUACCCGGACUGGUUAUGACUCAAAGUAAACUUAAAAUACCUGUGUUUGGAAAUGUUUAACAUCAGUGAUAAAUAUCAAAAAUGAAGUGUGAAGAUUAUUUUGAUUUUGUUGCAAAAGUAGAUUAGAGACUGAAUGUCAUUUUAGGAAGAAUUGUCAUUUGAAAUGCUUGUCUCUAAAGCUAAUAUUUGACAAUUUUUCUUCAUUUUCUGUUACUCAGUGCACAUAGCCAAAAAAUGCGUGCAGGCUCAUAUUCAGUAGCAACAAAUGUGUACUUAGUCAUCAAAGUAUGAUUUUGACAAAGUUCUUCACUUUACAUUACUUUGCAGUUCUUACCACCUUGAUGUUUUUACUAGCUGAUUUGCAGAUGUGCAUCUUUCUUUUUGCCAAAUCUUUGUAAUCUAAUUUUUGCCUCUGAUUUUAAAAUGUAAUUGAACUUUUGUCUAGCUUCCCAUCAGUUAGUAAAAUGGUGGACUGAAAUUCUGCAUUUUGCUUUUAUGAUCCCUAUUAAAAGUUCAGUGUAUGUAUUUACCAAAUAUAUUCUUCCUGCUAAAGAUGCCCUGUCUUAUAUUUGCUGUCAUACCAUCCAUGGGUACAUAUGAGAACAUGCAAUCAUGAUUGACAGACCACUAUUACUAUGAAUUAUAUAGAGUAGGCCUACAUUUUAUAUUUUUACCCCAGUGGAGUUUCAUUAUAAGGUUGCAAGUUAGUAUCUAUUAUAUAGGUUGGUGUAUGUUAUCUUGAUUGUAUGUUAUGUUAGUUGUUAAAUUCAGCUGUCUUUUAAGCAAAAUCGCAUGUAACCUUUUAUGAGCUCCAGAAAUCUCAUAGAAACUCACAGUGCUAACAUUUUGUAAAUAACUUUAUCAGAUAUCUGGUUUUGUUACUUCAAUUUUGCAUUUCUUUCAGAAAAUCGGUAAGAAGGACUGUUAAUAAAUGAAAUGGGUUUUGUUGAAGUCCCAAUCCUAUUUUUUUUUAUGUCACAUGACACAAAACAGUGUACAUUUUCCAGAUAAAAAAUAUAGAGGAAAUAUUUAAACAAAAUAGCUUCCUGAUAGAGCUACUUCUUAUUGUGUGCUACACCAUCAUUUCAGAUAUUUGGUCUAAACCUUAUACUACUUUGACACAAAAAAUCUGUGUAUGUGGAAUUUUUAGAACACAUUUCAGACUGUGUGUGAGAGGUCCUGGGUGCAUCUCAUUUCUCUUUUACAUGUGUCUUCAUUCCCUUUACUUGCCUCUUGCUCCACAGCUUAUUAAAAUCACAACAUGAGGAAGACGUACAAGGAAGGAAAAAUCCAGGCAUCACAUUUUGUGUGACAAACUAGGCACACCAACUUUAUUUGUGCCAUGAAUGUUCUUGCAGAGACUUGAAUGUAAUGUAUGUCAGUGUGAACCAUACUCUGUUGCUUUCAUAACAUAAAUGAAAUGAUAAAAGAUUUGGUGGUUAGUCCUGUUGACUUGUUUACCAAUAAAAGUAAAAUUGCUGUGUUUCUAUUUGCCAUGGAUA